AUGUCUGGAUUCGAAGUAGCCGGAGUUGCGAUCGGUAUCGCACCCAUCGUGUUCAAGGCGGUAGCGGAGAGCAUGAGGAUACUAGAAGAUACGAUACGAUUCGAUGACGAUGCGGAAGACCUGGUAAUCCGGAUUGAAACAGCGAAGGUGCAUCUAAGCAUCUGGGCUACAAGUGUUGGGCUCGCCGAGGGCGAGCUUGUGCCGGCUUUGCACCCGAUAAACGAUCUCAUCGUGAGAACGCUACAGCGCAUCGAAUUACUCGUUACCAACCUCGAACAGCAUGGGAAUAAAUACGGCUUGCAACUCAGAGAGACUGUUGAUGCGGAACCUAAGAGGACGAGCGCUAUGGCGCUGCAGAUGAGGCGGAGCUUGCACCGCGUGUUGAGAAGAUCAGAUCCAAAAAGGAACCUGGAGGCUUUCAUCCAAGCCGAGAAGUUGAACGAAUCUGUGACUAACAAGAAACAAAUUGGAGUUGCAAGUCGUCUGUUUUGGGCUGUCCGGGAUAAAGAGAAGUUUGAGCAUUUUGUCUACACUCUCGAAACCCAUAUCAGUGGGCUGCACAAGCUGGUCUUUGAAGAUCAGCGGAAAGAGGUACAACAAGAGGAAACGCGUUUCAGUUUCCACAUAGUCCAAGAGAUAACUGAUAUAGGGAGGCUGUCGCUGCUCCAAAACUCCCCACCGGAUGAGAGAAGAUCUCCAGAGGUGGAUGUUGCGUAUCUCGCACAAUGUAAAGCCAUAACGCUACAAGAAGUAGCCUCAUUGCCAAGAAAGUCCAAAAUCGAUGAUUGGAGUCUUAGUGACACCACUCUUGCAGACCUGACCAGGAUUCGUUUCCUUAAACCUGGACAUGACGAUCCUGGGGUUGCAUACCUGUACGAGAAGAAGGAAUAUGAUCCAAACAUAUCGGAACAGGACAAAGAUAUCCUGCAUGAGCGCAUUCGUAGACUGGUCUCGCUUCUGGGCAAACCUGGCAGCCAACGCCAUCUCCAAACUUUGCAAGCAGUUGGAUAUACGGAUGAUCCAGGUCGCCACUGCUGGUGGAUCGUCUUUCGUUUUCCGCUGAGUCCGCUUGAUACUUUGGGAUCCGCCGCAAGCGAGCCACUUUCUUUACGCAAACUCUUCGAUUCUCCGUUCAAGCCCGCACUCGAAACGCGAUACAGGCUCGCCAGGCGUAUAGCCUACACCUUCGCUAAGCUUUAUGGCAGUAACUGGAUGCACAAAGGCAUCAAUAGUAAUAACAUCAUCUUUCCGGAAGUCUACACCACGAAUGCUGUCGUUGGGUUUCGGCAAUUCGAAACUGCCUUGGUUCAGGGCUUCGGUUACUCCCGUCAGUAUACCGAGGCCCAAACCAUUGACCGUGGAAAAGUUCUGCAUGACUUAGAAGCAGCCAUAUAUCGGCAUCCGCUGUAUCAAGGCGAGACAGCCUCUGGAUAUCAGAUUCACUACGAUAUCUACUCCUUGGGUCUAGUGCUAUUCGAGAUUGCGCUGUGGUCUCCCCUCAUGGCGUUACUGGCUGCCAAGUACAAGCCUGGAAAGGUACCACCGGUCGCUUUGUCGCCAGACAUGAAGCAGUUUUAUGAGCUCGAGGCAAAGGAGCUCCACAGAAGGGUAAACUUACGUGUUGACGCUGAAGUCGCGUAUCGCGUGGGCACGAAGUACAAGAACGCGGUUCAUUGGUGCUUGAACCUCAAAGGGCCAGUCACCGCGAUUGACUUCUAUAACAUAGUCGCUGUUCCGUUAGAUGACCUCUGUAGCUCGAGUUAG